AUUGGAAUAUUUCAGUUUCAUCUAAUUCAAUUUUUGUGUCAAGUAAUAAUCUAAAACAUUGUUUCUCAAAAAAAAAAGAAAGAAACCAAAAAUAUGAAGAUUUUCAUAAUAUCACACAUUUUUCUCUAUAUUUUACAAGUGAAUUUAAUUACAUCUGACAAAGAAUUAAAACCCCGUCUUAAUAAUUGGUUGAAAUUGAAAUUUUCUGAAAUUGAAGAUCUUUGCGUAUGGAAUGGAAAAUCAUCAAUUGAUUAUAAAAUAAUUGAUCGUUUUAUUAAUAAUUAUCAUAAUUAUUUAAUUGUCAAUGAAACUUUAAAUGAUUCAAAAUACAAUUAUGUUUCAUAUCAUGCAUUUAAUUCACAAUUAGUUGAUUCAAUGAAAGAAUUAAUAAAUGCAAUACAAAAUUGUUUAACUGAUCAAGAUCGUGUAUCAAUUGAGGAUGAAUUUGCAAUAAUUAUCAGAUUUUUAUUUAUACACUACGAAAAAGUUUUUCAACUUGAUCCUGUCAUCGACGAGGACCUAAAGUGCUUUAUGGAAGUUAAAAAAGAUCAUUUGAAAACGUGCCAACAAGCCUCUUUAGUUACCCUUCAUAACACGCCAAGAUACUCAAAAUCAAUUUACGAGUUGCUUAGCGGAAAUUCUACAGAUCAUUCUUGCAAGGACGUUUUAAAAACGGAACAAUGCCUCAUGAGAGCAGCAACUGUCAAUCAAUGUAGUUUGAAUGUCAAGAAAAUGUUUCAAAUUCUUCUCAGUCCACCGGGAAUUGUUAUUUGUGACGAUUUUCCCGAGAUAUUUGAAUUAAAUAAUAAUAUAGACAUCGACAAUAUUUCUCCAGAAGAUGAUAAUGAAAAUAACUUUGAUUUGGUUAAAUAAAAAUUUUUUUUUUUUCAACCACAAUUUUUGAUUUAAUAUUAAAAUUAUCAAAAUUAACUGUUUGUAAUAAUUUUUCUGUAAAUCAAUUAUUGAUAAUCAAAAAUAAACGAUUGAAAUAAUUAUUAAUCAUAA